AGGUCGGCCGGGGUGGACGCGGAGGGAGGGAAGCAGGGAGGGGUGCGCCCUGCCGCAGGGCCGCUGCCAGGUGCACGCCUCUGCCUGACACACGGGCGGGGAGGAGGAGCUGGACCGGCAGGUUUGUCGGUGGGGCGGCCCCGCUCCCCUCCCCUCUCCUCCCUGGGCUGCUGGGGAUAAUUAGUGUCUGUGCGAGGCUGUCUGCCCCCGGGAGGCAGGGCGGGCGCGCAGUCAGUGCGUGCCCGGCUGUUUGUGAGCGGUGACUCGCCCCGGCCCCUCGGCGGAGCCUCCACCCCGCGGGCGGGGACCCGCCCGGCCGCGCUCCCUGCCGUGACCCUCCCACCGCCACUCACCCCGCCGGCCCGGGGAGCCUGGCAGGGCGAGCGGCGCCGGCGUCAUGUGACAGCGCGGCCCGGUGCCAGGAGCCCGGGGGGAAGGCGAGCGGGCGGAGGGCGGGAGCGGGCAGCUCCUCCUCGCACAGAGACCCGGAGACACCGCCGAGGCUCCUUAGCCGCGGGGACGCGGGACACGCCGGCCUCGUGCCUCGGUCCCACCGGAGCGCCCCCGCUGCCUGCCGUGACCCCUGGCGUUGCGGGAGCCGACGGAAAAUCGCGGCGCGCUCCGCACCGCCUGCCGAGCAAAUCCAGAUAAAAAGAAGUAUUUGGCUACACUGUUUUGCAGGACAGAACCUCAGAGGCAUCAGAACAGGUGAAUUAAAAAGAUGCUAAUGUUUGACCCAGUCCCUAUCAAGCAAGAAGCCAUGGAGCCUGUUUCAGUGCAGUUGAUUGGGACCUAUUUCUUGGAAUUCUAAGCCCAACUGAGCUCCCUUCUUGCCAGAAUUGAUGAUCCUCAGUACACAGUUAUAUGCUUGGCAUAGCAGAUGUAUCUCCCAGUCAUACCCGUCCAAUUACAUGGACCAAAUGAAGCCAAACAAAUACGGCGUCAUUUAUUCUACACCAAGUAUGUUGCACAAUAAAUUCUACUCCAGCCCUGAAGGACUGUCAAAUGGAAUCCAGAUGGAGCCAGUAGACCUUACGGUAAAUAAACGGAGCUCACCACCUUCAACUGGAAGUUCUCCUUCCCCACUAAAAUUUCAGACUGUGCAUAGGAGAAGUUCACCUGGAUUGACUCUGUCCUCACCCAGCUCACCUCUCAGUAAAUUCACACCGUCACCCCCAGGAGUACAGCCUCUUUCCAUGCCAAUAACAAUCCCUCCUGUAAUGGCCGCUGCUCUUUCACGCCAUGGACUGAGAAGCCCUGGGAUACUCCCGGUUAUACAGCCUGUUGUGGUCCAGCCAGUUCCUUUCAUGUAUGCUCCCCAUCUCCAGCAGCCCAUCAUGGUGUCCACAGUUCUCCCAGAUGAGAUGGAAACUCCAAGUAGCAUGCAAGUGCCUGUCAUUGAGUCUUAUGAGAAGCCCACACUGAAGAAAACAAUCAAAGUAGAGCCAGGAAGUGAACCAUCAAAGACUGACUUCUAUCCUGAACAAAUGUCACCUCCAAUGAUGACCUCAUUGUCUCCUCAGCAAGUAAUGUUGCAAGAGAAUCACCCUUCAGUUAUAGUUCAGCCAGGAAAGAGACCUUUACCUGUGGAAUCUCCAGACACACAACGAAAACGCAGAAUACAUCGAUGUGAUUAUGAAGGCUGCAACAAAGUCUACACUAAAAGCUCCCACCUGAAAGCUCACCGAAGAACUCAUACAGGAGAAAAACCAUACAAAUGCACUUGGGAGGGAUGCACGUGGAAGUUUGCUCGUUCUGAUGAACUGACGCGGCAUUUCCGCAAGCACACAGGAAUCAAACCCUUCCAGUGUCCAGACUGUGACCGGAGCUUUUCACGCUCCGACCAUCUUGCUCUUCACAGGAAACGCCACAUGCUAGUCUGAAUGUCUUCUGUCCCUGACUCCUGCCACACUUCUUUGUUUUUUACACAUGCAUUUUAAUUUGGAUUCAGCUGGUCUGGAUCUCUGAGUUUAUACCAUUAAAAGCUUACGUAUGGUCAGUAACAGAUGUUAUCUAACCCUUCUAUGUCCUUGCCACGGGUCAGACCUAAAGAAUGUGAACACUUCUUUUUUUUCUUCCGGGGAUGCUAAGCAAACCCUUUCUGCAUUCAGUAUGUUUAUUGUAUUUCAUUUGUGAAUAAGGGAAUUUUUAAACUAACAGCUUUUGUUGGUUUCUUCAUAUAAUCAACCCAGCAUAUACUGAUAAAAUAGUAAAUGUUAUUGAAUAUCCGAAAUGCUAGUCCUUGCCAGAGACUAUUAUUUAUGUGCCCUGUAAGGGAUACACUCUCAUUUCAUGCUCAACAAUGCAAUGAAUGGACUCUGCCAGCUGUGUUGAUUUCUGCAAUGUGGUUCAUGCAAGAGUUUUAGAAAGACACCUGAUUUAGAAAUCCCUUCUGCCCAAACAGUGAGUAAUACUGAGGAAAUAAAUCUAAACAGUGUAAUUACUUUUCAGAAA